AUGAAUUCCGGUACUCCGGUGAGGAACAACAAGCGUACACAUAAACAUCUGAAUUACAUUCCAUGGGAACCCAAUCGAGCAGCAGUAUCGAGAGUAGAGCAGACUAAGCUUAUGCACUCGGUGCCUGAACAAGCAAUUUCCACGCAAUUGUAUCGAUAUCAGAAUACCAGUAAAUCACCAUCACCGAUAACCGUGAUGGGAAAAGACACAAUCAAUGCAGGAAAUAAAGUCAAGCCGACGGCGACUGUCGAACCAUUUCAAGCAUCAAUUAACGUCGAUGAGAUUCUUUAUGGCGCUAGAUCGUCGACUCCACCUAAUUACUUAUCUACGGAUCUGAAUUUGUCCAGCGAUCAACAGGAACUGAAAAACGAACUGGAAAAGACUCAAGAAGAAAACGCCGCACUCAAACAACAACUCGAAAUUCAAACUCAGGUUAAUGCGGAAUUGAAAAAACUAUUAGUUGCAUCAGUUGGCACAGAUUUUCAAUAUCGACUGGAACGACUUCUUCGUGAUAAGUAUCGUUAUGAACUGGAAAUUCAAGUUUUGACAACAAAAAUCAAUGAUCUACUCGAAGAUAUCGAAAAACUGACCAUUCAAUGUGACAUUCAUCAAAGUAAAGCAGCAGCAAGCAGAGUUCUGAUUGAUGAACUUGGCAUGCAUAAGAAUUUACUCAGUGUUCAAUACAAUGAUUGUUCAAACGUUAUCCAACGUUUGCUUGCUGAGCGCUCGAAAAUAGCGAAAGAAUUGAUUCAAACUCAUAGCUAUUUAUCAUUACUCAAUGAAGUGUCUUUGAAAAAUACUCACAAACAUCUCUCUCUGACUCCUAAGUUCGAUCUAAUUCAACUCUCGUCCUACUUACAAAACUUAGCAUCGUCAUUGUAUACUUAUUUGAAACAAACGGUCUUUCACGGGCAAAUAAAUCAACGGCAAAUGAGUAUACAACUCGAACUAACCGAAACAGAAACUUGUGCACUUGAAAUUUUACAAAGUCAUACAUUGGUAUCGUCAUUGCAAACAUCGGACAAUUCCAUUGAGAAGAGUUUUAACAACAUCGAGCAAUUAGAGUCGAUGAUCAAUCGUUUGAAGUUAGUGAACCAGAAAAAAUCUCAUGAACGCUUUCAUCCAACCACACGUUAUGAAAAUUUAACCUUAAAUUGUUGUCGUGAUUGUUCAGGAGAAAUCCAUAUCGUUUAG